AAAAAAACAAACGUCGUGUUCAGGCAAAAUCCAUGUGCCCACAUGGAUGAUUGAGAGUGAUACAGAUACAGAUUUUCACAAACUUCAACAUUUUAUUUAUCUUUAUGUUAUUGUUUGAUUAAACAUCCACAGAAAACCACCAUUAUAUGUAUGAAUUCACCAAAACAAGCAACAAACACACUCUGACCCACCAAUGAAAAUUUUCUCAAAACAAACACUUGAAUCCAAAGUUUGUAACUUUUAGUGUUUCUGACUAGUUCUAGCACCAAAAGGAGUAAAGGGUGUUUUUUUACUUUUGAGAAUGAAGAAGAGUGAGAGUGGUGGAUAUGUGAGAGCAGAUCAAAUAGAUCUCAAGAGUUUAGAUGAACAAUUACAGAGGCAUCUUAGUAGAGCAUGGACUAUGGAGAAGAAGAAUAAGGAGAAAGAAGAUGAAGGGGGUGAAGUUGAAGGAAGGUCUUCUUCUAAUACUAGACAAGAAUGGGAGAUUGAUCCUUCUAAACUUAUCAUCAAAACUGUCAUUGCUCGUGGCACUUUUGGUACUGUUCAUCGUGGUGUUUAUGAUGGUCUAGACGUUGCUGUUAAGCUUCUUGAUUGGGGGGAAGAGGGACAUCGGUCAGACGCCGAAAUAGCUUCAUUGAGAGCGGCUUUUACACAAGAAGUUGCUGUUUGGCACAAGCUUGACCAUCCUAAUGUAACCAAGUUUCUUGGUGCAACAAUGGGAACAUCAGACCUACAGAUACAAACGGAAAACGGACAUAUAGGAAUGCCGAGUAAUCUCUGUUGUGUCGUCGUUGAGUAUUGUCCUGGUGGUGCUCUUAAGUCGUAUCUAAUUAAAAAUCGAAGAAGGAAGCUUGCUUUUAAAGUGGUUGUUCAACUAGCUCUUGACCUUGCAAGAGGGUUGAGUUAUCUCCACAUAAAAAAGAUUGUCCACAGAGACGUUAAAACAGAAAAUAUGCUUCUAGACAAGUCACGCACGUUGAAAAUCGCUGAUUUUGGUGUAGCUCGUAUCGAAGCUUCGAAUCCUCAUGACAUGACUGGUGAAACUGGAACGCUAGGUUACAUGGCUCCCGAGGUUCUAAAUGGUAGUGCAUACAAUAGAAAAUGCGACGUGUAUAGUUUCGGAAUAUGCUUAUGGGAGAUAUACUGCUGUGACAUGCCAUAUCCUGAUCUCAGUUUCUCAGAAGUAACAUCAGCUGUUGUAAGACAGAAUCUAAGGCCAGAGAUUCCGCGAUGUUGUCCAAGCUCACUGGCGAACGUGAUGAAAAGAUGUUGGGAUGCUAAUCCUGAUAAGAGGCCAGAGAUGGAUGAAGUUGUUAUCAUGUUGGAAGCUAUCGACACUUCAAAAGGCGGAGGUAUGAUCCCUCUUGAUCAGCCUCAAAGUUGUUUAUGUUUCCGCAAGUAUAGAGGACCUUGAAAGAUUUUCCACUCUCAAGCAAGCAAUAGAGAAUCAAGAAUCAAGAAUCAAGAUGGAAUACACAAAAAAAAAUGAGUGAAAGGCAUAGUUAAUGAAGAGCUCUACCAUUACUUUGUUACUUUGUUAGGCUAUAAUUUUUGUAAAGCUAAUUUGUACUCCUCAUUUUCAUUUCAACCAUUUUUAUAAUAUGUUUCUCUAUGUAAGAUGUAGCAUGGAUUGUUCCAACACUAAUAUCAAGUUCCUAAUGGUUCCAUUUUA